GGAGACGCGCGCUGCGGCGCGGCCUCGGGGUCGCCGGAAGUCGGCGCCGCCAGCUUCUGCUUCCGGGUCGGAGCCAUGGCGGUGGCAAAUUCAAGCCCAGUCAACCCCGUGGUGUUCUUUGAUGUCAGCAUAGGCGGCCAGGAGGUGGGCCGCAUGAAGAUCGAGCUCUUUGCAGACGUGGUGCCCAAGACGGCGGAGAACUUUCGGCAGUUCUGCACUGGAGAAUUCAGAAAAGACGGGGUUCCUAUUGGAUACAAAGGGAGCACCUUCCACAGGGUUAUAAAGGAUUUCAUGAUUCAGGGGGGAGAUUUUGUUAAUGGAGAUGGGACUGGAGUUGCCAGUAUUUACCGGGGACCAUUUGCAGAUGAAAAUUUUAAACUUAGACACUCCGCUCCAGGCCUGCUUUCCAUGGCAAACAGUGGGCCCAGUACAAAUGGCUGCCAGUUCUUCAUUACCUGCUCUAAGUGUGAUUGGCUGGAUGGGAAGCAUGUAGUGUUUGGAAAAAUCAUUGAUGGACUUCUAGUGAUGAGAAAGAUUGAGAAUGUUCCCACUGGCCCUAAUAAUAAGCCCAAGCUGCCUGUGGUCAUCUCACAGUGUGGGGAGAUGUAGUCCAGAGCAUGCAGCGGGAGUGGCACAGGCCGUCCUACUCUGAGUGACGCUCUUGAGCAAAAUAACCAGGAUUGGCCCGUUUGCUUCCUUGCCUGCUGCUGCCCUGUUUGGUCAAGAGACCUUGGAAGUAUCACGGAUUCAGGACCCAAGAUUUUGUUUUCAACUGUAAAUAAAGUUUUAUUUUGUUUGGUU